CCAGUCGCUUGGGUCGCCGGUCAACAGCCCAAGGUGCCGUACGAUAUUGACGGGCUGAAAAAUGGCCGGCCAAUGCAAGAGUUGUGGAAUAACGACGGUGGGAACUGCUACAUCCAUCUCUUUCCCAAGGCCUCGAACAAGGGCGCAUCUUUCAAGGUGGACCCGGCCAUCUUUGCUUCUUCCGCGACAUUGACGAAACUGGCCUACGGUGAUAUCUACAGCGAUGUUGCUUCAAACACUGGAGACCGCAGAGAUCCCAAUCUCUCCGUGAAAGACCUAGCGACGCCUCCCAUCAGCCCUCGACGUGACACUCCGAACGGCAGCUCUACAUCUUCUCACGACUCUCAUGGUCGUUACUCGGACUUCUCAACGACUGUCCAAGAGACGCAUCUCUAUGUCCCGGUGAAGUUGGGCGGUUCGCAGUCAAACUCGGCUCCUCAAUCAGCAGAGAUGAUCGCCAUGGAAGAUUUGCAAACGCUGAUAGACUAUCGCAAUUUCUUUGCCUUUCUCUCAGGCCAGUCCCUGAUUGCGACAGAGAGGAGGAGCUCUCUCUUCGCCAUUUUCUACACCGUUGCAGGAAUUCUCAAAUCCUACCACUUCGCCAAUGUUGACGGAUCUACAUAUGGCGAGGUCGCCGACGCAAGCUUCAACUGCUACGUCGCAGAGUUGGGCCUUGCAGAUGUCAGGGUCAGCCGCGAAGCGACCAUCGAGGGAAUCGUGCUGGGCGAGCGCAUGAAGAAUGUGCUCCUCUACAACGAAGCUUUCACCCACGGCGUCGGCAAGCUCGAUGAUCUUCUGGCUGCUAAGAGUCCUCGAUUCGCGAUGAUUUCUCCCGUCACCCAGAACCGCCUUACUCGGGCGGCCAUGGAUCUGGAGAAACGUGUCGCAUCGAUAAGACUGAUCAUGACGGACUUUGACUUCCCGUUCCUCUUCUCUGGCAUCAUGAGCUCAAAGACGUCGAUCGAGCGGAAAGAAGGUGUUCGAUUCGCACAGUGGAAGGAGAGUUUCUUGGGCAUGCGUAAAUUCAUGCUGGGACUGCUCAAGCAGCGAUAUGGCAACUGGCCACCCAAGGCCAGCAGCAAGAAGAACUCACUCGAGACCUCCGGACUGAACCGCUUGGUACUGCGAGACGUCUACCUCGACCUCUCCUCGCUAUACGACCACAUCGCCGACCGCACCAACCUCACGACCCGCACACUCGAUGGCGCCAGCCAAGAUGAUACCCGCGAAAGCCCUGUCGUACGUGGCCUCCGUGCCAUCCUCUCCGAAUACGACCGCUCUUCUCCGCCCGUCAAGCCACCGGUUCCAUUCGAUCUCCCUCUUCUCCCAACGCUCCGCACCACCCGUCCCGAUUUUUCCCCAACGGACCCAAAAAUGAACAAAGCACUGAACAAGCGAGUCAAAGAUGAGGAAAUGGCAACAAUACUCCGCGCCUCCCACAACGAAGUUGUGCCCAUGACACCUUUCGUUGGUGCAUUCCGUGAGAUGGAGAAACGCGCCGCUCAUGGAUGUACGCCAUCCGAGAUUGAAGAUCUCCGCAUCGGACAGUGGAUUUUCCUCUACGUUGUUCUACAAGCUCUACCUAUGCUCGCCUGCGAUGCACCUGGUCUGAACUGGACACAAGGUGUAGAGUACUUCCUCUGCGCGCCACCUCGGUCUGGUGUACCGUGGGCUGAUCCAAACGCCGGCGCCGCAACAGCUGGACGAAGAACAUGGUUCUCCGUCGGAGGCGCCGGUGGAGGCGUAGUUUCCCUCCCUUCGGAUGUGGUCGAGCAUGGCGUUGAGGGAAUCUAUCGACGAAGUCACUGCUGGGUGAUGGCGGACAAAUGGUGUGCCGCGGACCCAAUCCUCAGUCGAGCAUUGGAGGUGCAGCAGAAUACACACGGUGGAGCCGAGGAGGAAGAGGAGCCGGAGCAGAGCUACACCCAUCGCAACGUUAGCGGUGGGCUUCUCCCUCCGCCGAUGCCAUUCGCCGGCGGCGGCGGUGGUGCUGGUAGCAGAGGAGGCUCUCCCCGCCGUCCAAGCAGCGACACGAGUCAAAGGAGCAGCAGCGCGCAGAAACGUCUCAGUAGUUUCGGACUGAACCUCGAGGCAUUGCCAUUACCUGUUGGCGUCACGCCCGAUGGGAGAAGUCCCAGUCCGAAUGAGAGGCCACAAACGCCGGCGCAUUUGGUGGAUGCCAAUCGGACCUUUGAUUCGAUGUUGGGAGCGUCGGAUGCGGAGAAGAAGAAGCAGAGGCGGAAGUCGAGGAUGUGAUGAGAUGUUGCUGUUCAUCAAUGGGUCAUGUUGCGAAUCUUGACGAGUGUUUUGUGGAUUAAUGAUUGGUUUGAUACCCACGAUUUUGGCAUGUUUACUCUCAUAUGGCGAAUGCUGGAAAUGCGAGACUCUUUCAUUGUC